AUGCGAUUGACCGUCGAACUGAUCCAAAAUUCCCUCUCGUACAUCAACCCGCUCAAGGACCGCGAGCUAGAUCUCCGAGGGCACAAGAUCCCCGCGAUUGAGAACCUGGGUAUUGCCAAGGACCAAGAUGCAAUCGACCUCACGGACAACGACAUCACCACGCUCGGCAACUUUCCCUUCUUCCCGCGGCUGCACACCCUCCUCCUGGCGCGGAACCGCAUCAAGCAGAUCCAGCCGACGCUGGCGGCGUCGGUGCCGAACCUGACGGCCGUGAACCUGACGGCGAACGCGGUGGCGGAGCUGGCGGAUCUGGAUCCGCUGCGCGGGUUGACCGGGUUGACGCAUUUGGUGGUGUUGGAGAAUCCGGUGACGAGGAAGGAGCACUACCGCCACUACCUCAUCUGGCGCAUCCCCAGCCUGCGGUUCCUGGACUACCAGAAGGUGAAGGACGCGGAACGCGAGAAGGCGACGGAGCUGUUCGGCACGGCCGACGAGCCCUCGGCGUUGGCCUCGAAGAUCAUGGGCGUCAAGUCGCGGACGUUCGAUGUGCCGGCCUCGGCGCAGGUCGGGGCCGCCGGCGGGGACCGUGCGGUGCGGGUGAAGUUGACGGACCGGGAGCGCAAGCGCGUGGAGAAGCUGAUCCGCGAGGCCAAGAGUCUGCAGGAGAUCACGCGCUUGGAGCGCGAGCUGAACGAAGGCCGGAUACCCGGGGGUGCGGUGGAUUAUGCGGAUAGUGGGGAUGAGAUGGAGACUUAGUUGGAGGGGUUUUGUGUCAUGUGGGUUUAUUGUAUACGGUUAUUGUUCUAAUGGAGUGUGGUUUUGGUUUGGUUUGGGUUGGUUGGGGUAUUGUGUAGAGGUAUUUUGUAUGAGGGUUAUCUUCUGGUUUAGGGGUGGUAGGGUUGGCUACUUGACAGCUAAAGCUUGAGUAUUCUCGAAAGACCAACCAUUUGGCCAAGAUUGCUACUUUAGUGUAUAUGUGCUGAGUACGAGCACAAUCACAAUCAGAUAAGAUAUCUUCACGUGAAGAUAGGCC